AUGGAAAAACUCAAACAAAAUCUUGACAAUUUCAAUGAGGUUGUUAGUUUCUAUGAAGAUUCUACUCGAAAAUAUACAGAGAAAAAAAGCGAUUUAGAUGGAAUUUUGAAGACAUUGCAAGAUGAUAUGAAAGCGAAGUCGCCGAAUCAAACUGAAAUGAUAAAUGCAUAUGUAUUAUGCCAGAGUAGUAAUUAUGAAGAAUACUAUCGACCAGAUGUCUACAUGGCCUUCAUACCUGAGAUGCUGGCAGUGAAAGACGUUCAUGAAAAUCGGUAUGGUCCUGCAUAUCCUGGCUGUAAAGUCCAUAUGCCUCCUGCAGACAUCCGCGAUAUUACAAACCUGAACCUAUUGAUACCUCAGAAGUAUGCUGCAGCGUCAUCUCUCCAGAUAAAGUCAGGGCUUAAAUCCAUAUAUGAGAAAAUCGCCUCCGGAUUAAAGGCUGAAUAUGAAGCUUGCUGA